GUUCGGACACAGAGAAUGUUACACUAACUUUACCGUGAACAUGGAUCUGGAAAACGAUAAAUCUGCAAAACAAGAUGCGCAAUUCCACGAGGGAGCUGAGACAAAGGCAAACCACAGAAAACACGACAGCACCUUUUCUGUGUUGUUGUUGUUGUCGUUCUUCGCGUUUAUCGCGUUGAAUGGAGUGGGGUACAUGCACCUAGCCAGACGCCUGGCGUAUGUUGAGGGCCAGCUGGCUUCGCAGUGUGUCCAACCUGCCAGUGGACAGUUAGUAAGCGAGACUGCAAGACAAGACCACGGUGGCGUCGAGAAGUUUGAACAGAGUUGGGGACAACGACUUAACAGUGAACAGCAACAGACGGUCGCCCUCCAACCGUCACCCUCUCUCCACCUUAACAUGGCGAGGUUAAAACGAUCAGAAGAUGUGUCUUCUGCAGGGAAAUGGGAAGUGCGUAUCUUCCACCCUAAAAGUGCACACGGCAGAAGGCACAAGCGACACCACGUCAUGGCUAAAGGUGUAGUGGAGGUGAAAAUUGGCGGGGAGUGGGGCAGGAUCUGUGACCGGAACUGGGGCAUGACUGAGGCUAACGUGGUGUGCAGAUACCUCGGGUACGGCGGUGCAACCAGGUCCUAUAGGAAGGCUGCAGCUAAUUUUGGGGACUACUUUAGUCCAGAAUUUUCCCUGAGUGAUGUGGAUUGUACGGGAACUGAACAAUCCCUCCAGGAGUGCUAUCAUGACUUUGACACCACGUCGUGUAGAGGCAAGUUCACGGCCGGAGUGAGAUGUACAGUUGCAGACGAGUGCGCGUCUAACCCGUGUCAGAACGGUGGGACCUGCCGUGACGGGCUGGACCGCUACACGUGUGACUGUCAGCCGGGCUGGGACGGCAGGGACUGCGAGACCGAGAUCAACAGGUGUUCGUCUUCUCCGUGUAAGAACAACGCCACCUGUCAUGGCGGACAGUACGAGUACAGCUGUCAGUGUGCUGCAGGGUGGGAGGGGAAGGACUGCGACAUCAAUACAGACGAAUGUGUGUCCAGUCCAUGUCAGAACGCAGGACAGUGCGUAGAUGGACAGCGUGGAUACACAUGUGUGUGUGAGCCUGGGUGGGAGGGCCUGCACUGUGAGACUGAGGUUGACGAGUGCCUGUCCAACCCGUGUAAGAAUGCAGUGAAAUGCCAAGACCUUCAGAAUGGCUACAGGUGCGACUGUCAGCCCGGCUGGGAAGGUCACAACUGUGAAAUCAACACAGAUGAAUGUGAAGCGAACCCCUGUAAAAAUAACGCCACCUGUUUGGACGGAGUCAAUACCUACAGCUGUGUGUGUGCUCCGGGGUGGGAGGGACAGGACUGUGACAUACACAACUGUGCCUCUGACCCAUGUAAGAACAACGGAACAUGCCACGUGACCACAGACGGAUACAAGUGCGCAUGCGCACCUGGGUGGCGAGGACAUCAUUGUGAAAACAUGGAGAAUGUGUGUGAGUCUAACCCCUGUCAGAACCACGGCACGUGUCAUAACGGUGGAGAUCACUACAUCUGUAGGUGUUCACAAGGCUGGGGCGGGGUUCACUGUGAAACCGUCAAAGCCGAAAAUGAGCCCAGUGCUUUAGUGUCACCCAAUGCGUCAUCGACCCACGGACAUCUCGUCAUGGACUCUGCACACAAGAAGUCGUCCUCAGCCUGGGUUCACAUAGCGGCCAGUUCAGAUUCUAGUGACCAAACAGUUACGAUUAAGGCUGGCCAUGGGGUGCUGGCAGGCCACUGGAAUACGGACACGAUUAACUCCAAAAAAUUCCACUUUGACAAUGGAAAGUUGAAGAUACUGGAAGAAGGGGACUACUACAUAUACGGCCAGAUUCAUUUUAUCGAAAAUGAAGUACUCGCCUCCAACACCAGCUACAAUGUCAUGGUGGCAAGUGAACAUCGCGGCAGACCACACCAAUUCCUGACAUGUAUGCAUGAGAUGUAUGGAACCCCACCAUACAAAACGUGCUUCACAGCGGGCAUGCGCAAACUGCACAGAAAGGACAUUGUCUAUCUGUACGUGCCGUGUAACAGCUGUGUCAUCGCUCUGAGCCCAGACACCACGUUUUUCGGCCUUAUGAAGAUUAAUUAGAUUUCGUAGUUGACUUUCUUCAAAGAUUCAAAUAGCAAAAUAUCAACUAGGUUUCCUUCAUGUACCUAAUAGUAUCUAAUUGCAAGCUUACAAUAACAGGAUAUUUUAGUAUAAAACUAAUAUGGAGACGUAUCGUAUGUUUUGUAUCAACAUAUCAUAGCAAGGUGAUGUCAUGACUAGUAUGUUUUGAUUUUUGUGUUUUAGGCAUAACGUCUAUACAAUAGACAUACUAUAGAAAUGAUCCUAAGACUAUGAUAUAUAUAAUAGAGACGGAAUGAAAGCUUGUAAUUGUCAUUGAAAAAUUGCCCACGGAGCCUGAACUGUGUUGCAGCUAGUUCACUGCCAACUUUGGAUUUAUAUGUACAUGUAUAUAUUGGCGAAGUUAAUACUUUUAGAUAUAGAAAUAGAUACCACCAUACGAAAAUGGUAGUUAAUAAAAUCUAUAUUAUUGCUGGUUUGGUUCGACGUUUUGACUCUGUAAUAAAGCUUAUAAAGGCACCGAUGCAUAGAAAGCAAUAGUCAUUUGAUAAUUAUAUAUUUGAAUAUCUGGUAAUGUUGGUUAAGCGGAAAAUGUAUACGUAUACAUUUCUGUAAAUAUUCAGAGUCAUAACUACAGCUCAACAUUGACUAUAAAGUGAAUUA